AUGCCAGCUGAACACAGUGCCCGUUGGAAUGUGGCGGGUGAGGCCGAAGCAGAUGGUUUCGCAGAUGAUCCAUCGGAUCGGCAGCUCGCCGAAUGGGAGGAGCAGUCUUAUAAGGAUCAGAUCUUGUUCGUCAUUGACGGCCACGAUUCGAUGUACGAGCUCAAUCCGCGGACGAAAAUGCCAUACAUCCACCAAGCCUUCGAAGCCGCAUUUAAGGUCAUGAACAAAAAGAUCAUCUCUUCGCCCAGCGAUAAAGUUGGCGUCAUGGUGUACGGCACGGGUGCGACGCAGACGCCCGAAAUGAAUACUCAAAAGACGAUGCGGUUCUCACAACAACACUUCCUCUACUUGCCAAUCGACCAAGUCAGCGUUGAAGGUCGUCAGCAGCUCAAGUUCGACCUCGCUAGAUCAAAAGAGGACCCGCAGUUCUUUCGAAAGACCUUUGGCAAGCGCAAAGAAGGCUUUACAACCAGCUCCGCCAUCAGCAACCUCCGAAAUCUAUUCGCGCAAUCCGGCAAAGCUGGCACUAAACGGGUUUUUUGGAUCACAAAUGAGGACCGUCCGCACAAGCGGGAUCUUCGCCUACAGCACCAACGAGCAGUAGAAGCGAUCAAGACCGCAAAAAGGAUUGGCAUCGAGUUUGAACCAUACUUAAUGGGCAAGGACGAUCAACGAUUUGAUAUCAAUAGCUUCUAUGCGGAGUUGUUUGAUCAGUACGACGACGAAGUUCCUGACAUCAAUCGCGACACAAGAGAUGAACGCCUGCAGCGACAACGCAAACCGUGGGAUUGGGCUGUUCACGAGGCGGACCUGGAAAGUGAGAUCACAGGCAGGGAGACACCCAAGCGCACGACAUUCUGCAUCGACUUUGAGCUUGCUCCAAAUUGGUGCAUCGGGAUCAAAGGUUACUCUACCAUCAUGCCGGCGAGAAACAGCGACGCUGUCUGGUUCUAUGAGGACGACGAUGGCGUCGCGCAGGAAGCCUACUCAAAAUCAACGUAUGAAGACGCGAGCACUGGCAAGCGCUUAAGUGAAAGCGAUCGCUACAAAGCCUUUUCAUUUGGCGAGACGAUGGAGACGUCUCGCAAGAUAGAAUUUACACCGGAAGAGAUGAACGAGGCGAAAACGUUAGGCAUGUCGCCUAGCUUGCGGCUGAUUGGCACGUUGCCCCAGAACCGGCUGAAGGUGUGGCACAACAUCUCGCACGCUUCGUUCAUUUACCCUGCGGAACAGAACUAUACGGGGAGCCGCUGCACCUUUGCUGCUUUUCACGCUUCGCUGCUGAAGAAGGACAAGAUCGCGCUGGGCUUGCUGUGCCCGCGCAAGGACACCUCGCCGUAUUUUGUCGCGCUGCUGCCGCAAAAGGAAGAGGUCGAUGAGGGCGGGAUGCAGCUCGUUGCACCAGGAAUGCACUGCAUCCGGCUUCCGUUCGCCGAUGACAUCCGCAACGUACCCGUCGGCGAGCAGCUUUCAGCCAACCACGCUUCGGUGGAUGCGGCCAAAGAGUUGAUCCGCAAGCUGACGAAAAAGUGGCCCUACGAUCCCAAGGACUACCCGAAUCCGACGCUUGCGAUGCACUAUGCGGCUCUGCAGCGCGUCGCAUACGCCGAGACUGCGGAGGAGAUUCCCGAUCCGCACGACGCGACGCUGCCCAAGCACGAUCGGCAGCGCCAACUGGCAGGCCCGGCCAUCGCGCAACUGAAUGAGUGCAUCGAAGAUGACCCGCGCUCGCAUCGCGUAUUUUGCAGCGGGAAAGGCAGCGCCGUGCCGGACGAGAUCGAUGAGCAGCACACCAAGUCGCUGUGGAUCAAUGACGAACUACACACGCUCCUCGCAAAGGAUCUCAAGGAGCUGUGCAAGCGCAUGGGAGUCGCCUGCGUCAUGAAGAAGGCGCCAAUGAUCAUCGCGAUACAUAACAGGAUGAUGGAGAUGUAUCCGGAGGAUGUCCAGGCGCAUCAGAUUAAGCCGAGAGUUGUCGAGCCCGCGGAUGACUGA